UAAGUUUUCAACAGUCCUCUUCUUCGACCUGCGAACCCUCUCUCUCUCUCUCUCCCAGUCUGCUUCCUGUUCCUUUGUGUUCUCCUUACUAUCUCCCAAAUGGAGCCCAAGCUCUCUCUCGUAAUCCUCACCAUCUUCCUCCUUUGCUCUGCAGCCAUCCACAAUGGUUCGCGGCCAGUGUUAGCCCUGGCUCCAUGUGAUUUUCCGGCGAUAUUCAACUUCGGGGACUCAAACUCCGACACUGGCGGCCUCUCUGCAGUGUAUGGACAGGCGGCUUGGCCUGCUGGUGAGACCUACUUCGGCCAUCCGGCAGGGCGGUAUGCCGAUGGCCGUCUCGUCGUGGACUUCAUUGCUCAAAGCUUCGGAUUGCCGUUCCUCAGCGCUUACUUGGACUCAGUGGGCACCAACUUCACUCACGGGGCAAACUUUGCCACGGCCGGCUCGACCAUUAGGCCCCAGAACACCACGAUAAGGCAGUACGGGUACAGUCCCAUCUCCCUUGAUGUUCAGUUCAACGAGCUCUACCAGUUCCGCCGCAGGUCCCAGGUCACUCGUGCCAAAGGUGGAGUAUUUCAGAAGCUCAUGCCCAAGGAAGAAGUUUUCUCGAGGGCUCUAUACACAUUUGACAUCGGGCAGAAUGACCUGACUGCUGGCUAUUUCCUCAACAUGUCCACCUCCGAAGUGAGAGCGUACAUCCCCGAUGUCCUCGGCCAGUUCAAGAACAUCAUCAAGUAUGUGUACGGGGAGGGAGGCAGGUACUUUUGGAUCCAUAACACGGGCCCGGUGGGAUGCCUCCCGUACGUAAUGGACCGAAUCCCCGUCCUGGCUUCACAGAUCGAUAGCGCCGGGUGCGCCUCGCCCUUCAAUGAGGUAGCCCAAGACUUCAACCGGGGGCUCAAGAAGGUAGUCGACCAGUUGAGGAAGGAAUUGCCCCUGGCUGCAAUCACUUACGUCGAUGUUUACUCCGUGAAGUAUUCUCUCAUCAGCCAGCCGAAGAAACACGGAUUUACAGAGCCGUUGAGAGCAUGUUGUGGUCACGGUGGAAAGUACAACUACAAUAAGAACCACGGGUGCGGGUCGAAGAUCACCAAGGGCGGGCAUGAAGUACUGAUCGGGAAGUCGUGCAAGGAUCCACAGCAUUACGUGAACUGGGACGGGGUCCACUUCACCGAGGCAGCAAACAAGCAGAUCUUCGAUCACAUAGUCAGCGGGUUGUUGUCGGACAACAAGACCCCGUUAAGAAUGGCUUGCCAUAGGGUUUGAGUCGAAUUUCGGAUGUACACUGUAUUUAAAUCUGUUCUCUCCAAAUGUGAGCGAGCAUCAUUCCCUCCUGGAUUUCCUGCUGGUUUAAUUGAAUUAUCAUCUUCUCCGCA